CAAAUAAAUAAAAAAGUGAGUCACACCAUCGAGUGAGAAUGCAUUGUACGAAAUGUGGGGUUCACAAAAUGGUGACUCCACUAGGGAUCACUAGAGGGUUAAGCUUGAACAUAAGUUGAGGCAAAUGUGGCGUUUGAUUGGUUGAUUAGUGGGUACCCACCUUUCUUUGUACUUUUGUUUGUUUGACUGUUGAUUAAACAUUGAGAGCUCUUGAUAUCAUUAUCCUUGAUGCAUGCUUGACUAUUGUAUUCGUUUGAGGCAUGGACAUACUAAUUAUAUUGAUUGAUCCUCUUGUUUAUCCUCACAUAUUGACUCUCCUUGUUGUAUGACCACUCUGCUCACCUUGACACAUACUUUUUUUUUCUUGUUGCUUAUCUCAUUCAUCUUGACAUGGUUGAUUCUCUUGGUUGUAUAUUAUCAUGAUUGUUAUGGAGCAUGCUAUCCUCGCCAGAUAUUUAUCUCGAUUAGCUUGUGUGUAGAUUUGGAUGAUAUAUACCUAUUUGCCUAGUUGUAUGGUGCAUGACUACUCUCUUCUUGUGUGAUUGUAUGCUGCUUGUCUCUGUGGACUGCACACUUAUCCCCUUACCUCCAACUCUUUGGUUUCAGUCAUUUCCUUCAUUUCGGUUCUUAUAUUUGCAAGUGUGAGGCUUUGUGUGUGUUUGUUUCUAUAAUCGAGCUAGAGGUUAGGAGUAGGGUCUAGCGACGGGCUAUAUCUAUGUUUGAGAGCAUUCUAGAGGUGGUUGACACAGUGAUGCUGAUUGGAGUCUAACCUUUGAAGACCUACAUAGCCUAGAGUUAGGUUUUAGGAUAUUUGUGUGACCAAUGUGUUUUCUUUUAGCUUCAUAGGAUUUUCGGAUGCACCCACACCGUUCACUGUGCACCUUAGAUUACCAUUGAGUGCUGAGAGUUGUGAGAGCUUUCACCAUAGGAAACCCCCUAGGAUGUCGAGGCAGUGUAUGUGUGGAGGUGAUGACCACUUUGCAUGGAAACGCCCCGUCUCUAUAGAGAUGUGCAAAGGGUUGCGUACCCACGGAGGGUACGAUCGCUUCUACUAGGGAUCUUUUAAAGUCCACCCAUAUUCUUUUAGAGCCAGCUUGACCUUAUAGGAUGAGCUUAGAUCCUUUGAUUAGGAUUCCUUUCUCACACAUGGGUGCAUCUGAGGGCCUUCAGAGCCUCUUUGGUUACAGUUUGGAUCCAAUGUUUUCUCUUUUGGUUUCCAGUUGAGAGUGUUCAGAGAUCGGUACGAGCUUAAGUAUCAGUUGGAUAACUUUUUAUCAUGUUGCCUUAGAUUAUUUUUUUCACUCGAUGAGUUUAACAUGUUUUCUCCCUAGGGCUUUUGUCUUUCUUUCUUGGCUUGGCACACCUUUUCACUUUGUCGUCAUUCACUUGAUGCUUUGGGAUAUGUUCUUUGAUCAUGAUCAUCUUUUUACAUUGUACACCUAUCACGAGCUCAGUACCUUAUUCUUUGUUCAAUCAUUGAUUCAAUUUUCAACUCGAUGCUCGCAUUUUCAUUACGGAAAGGUGAAAUACACGUUUUCACAUUCACAUUCUUUUGAGAGAUUCGCCUUGAUCACCUUAUCAUUUUUUCUUUUAUGGAGCUCGAGUUGAAAGUUGAGUUAAGGAUAUGCGGUUAUAGAUGGAGUAUCGAUCACGUGAUAGUGUGUUUCUCACACAUCUUUCAUCUUGGAUUAUUGAUAGGAAUUCUCUAGUCAUAUUUGUAGCCAUAUCACAGUGGACACCUUUAUGACUAUAGAGUUCUCAUCAUACAUCCAGAUUUUGGAUUGCCACCUCAGGACCAUGUGUUUGCAUGUUGUAUGGUUGUCUUUUAAGGUCUUAUCUUGUGUCCUUCAUCCAUUUUGUUUGCAUUGUAGGGAGUCAUUUUAGGAGUUGAUUGAAUCUAGAGUCACAUUCUUGGAGGAGAGUUGGGGAUCGAUUGAUUAGAGCAGAUUCACAUCAGAUUUUAGAUAGUUCAGUUGAGAUGUCAGAUGAGCUAGCUUCCACACUUGCUUAUAUUCAGGAGUUCAUGACAGGGGUCAGUAGACAUUUGGAUCAGAUAGAGAGUUCUCGUUAGGAUCAUCAUCCAGUCGACAUUAGCACUAACGAGUCAGUUCCCCAUGUUUCUCAGACAACACAAGUUCUUCCACCUGGGACUACACAUGACAUUCCAUUCCAUCUAUCAAAUCAUUGUGAGAUUGCUCCGCCACUUGCUGCCACAAUGUCGUCUCCCAUUGUUACUACUACUGAUGAUACUACAUUGGCUGAGUAGGAGGUCAGGGUUGAGAGACUUGAGUCUAAGAUGAGACAGAUUAGAUUACAGGAUAGAGGUUUGACUUGGGAUGAUAGGGAUGACAUACUGACGACUAGCUUGCUUGCCAAGUUUCACAUGCCAGAUAUUGAGCGUUAUAGUGGGAUUGGUUGUCCGAAGAUCCACUUGAGACUAUACAACAUAGUCAUGAGAGCACACAUGAUAGAUGAUGCACAAUUGGUGGCCUUUUUCCCUAUGUCACUUAGUGGGGCAGCUCAGAGAUGGUUUACCUCAGUUGAGCUUUCGAGAUUUCGCAUUUGGGAGGAUGUGGCUCAUGAGUUUCUAACUUAGUUUGCUUUUAGUGUUGACAUUGAUGUAUCUAGACGAGAGUUGGAGGCCACUAGACAGAGGUCAGACGAGUCUAUUUCUUCAUUUGUUAGUCGUUGGAGGGAAAAAGUGGCUGGUAUGAUAGAUCGACUUAAGGAGUAGGAUCAGAUUGAUAUAGUUCUUCGGAACCUACAAUCGAGGUUUGCUAGACGCCUUGUGGGCAUUCCAUUUCAGGAUCUCAAGAGUUUGGUUCAGGCAACUUUCAGUGUUGAGGAGGCCAUUGCUCGAGGAUUAUGGACAAAUAUUGUUCCUUCUCCUGAUAGUAAGGGGAAGAGGAUAGUUGGAUCAUCUAGUAGAUUUGGAGGGGUUGACACUAUUAACUACCAGCAUCAGAGACCUACACAUCACUCAUACUAUAGGUCUCCCACAACUAGAGCUCAUUUUCCUCAUUUGCAACAUCAGUAUUAGCCAGUUUAUGCUCAGCAGCCUUACAUUGCUUAGAUUAGCAUGUAGUCACGACCACCACAUCCAAGAGCCACUACUCUCCUACUGCCUAGACCAUAUGCAUAGAGGCUCGCGAGACAGUUCACUCCAUUGGGCAUGACUUUGACUAGAGCUUUUGAGAAGCUCAGAGACGCUGGUGUGAUUGUUCAUUUGGCACCACGCCCCUUGUCGCAUCUAGUUCUUUCUCAAUUUCGCUUACAUGAGCAUUGCUUAUAUCAUCAGAUUCAGGGGCAUGAUACUAAGCAUUGUGCGACUCUCCAUUAUGCGAUACAUGACUUGAUUGAUUCAAAGUUGGUCAACUUGUAUGGGUCAAGUGUGACCACCAAUCCCUUGCCUACUCAUUCUACACAUGCAGUUCCUUCUCCUCUUAGUCUUCACUAGAUUGAUUUGGAUGUUGAUGAUACCAAUGGACAUAUGGUAUUUUGGGAUAUUCCAGGUUGAGGACUUAGUUCAGUUGACAUGGGUAUAUCACUUUGUAGCAGUUUAGCUCAGAGCAUUUUUCAUUUUGAUUAUGAUCGUCAUCAAAGUUAUUUUUGUUUUGUUGAGUCCAGUUUGGUUAAAAGUCGUUGUUUAUAGUUCAUGUUGAGAGUCUAGUUUGUUUGUAGUCCUUUAUCACUUCACACCUGAUGUACUCAUUGGUUCAUUUAGUGAUAUGAUCUUUUUAUUUCGAGCAUGUGUUAUUCUCUUUCUCAUAAAUAUGCUUUACAUAUCUUGCCUUGAUGUGUGUUAUGCUUUCAAUAUGAGACACAUUUUCACUUAUACAUCAUGAUCACUUUGGCCUGACCUAUCAUGGAGGAUAUUGAGCUUAUUGACCUAGGAUCAGAAGAUCGACCUAGAGAAUUCAAGACUGAGACCCAUUUCACCUUCUAAUAAGAGCAGUACCAUAUCCAUAUCCAUAUCCAUAUCUUGACUUUGUAGACUUGAUGACUUACCCCAUUUUGAGCUUAACAUGACACCACCCCUUGGUACCAUUAUACAACUUUACUACCUUUGUUCGCCUUAGCAUACUACAGUGCCAUUGCUUAUUCCUUCCAUCAUUUUCUUUGAUCUGACCAGGUAGAGUCCGAGAUGGUUAGACCCGAGGUGAGCUUUGCAUGAUGAUAGAUCAAUCAUGAUGAGAGAGUGGUUUGACUAUUUGAUGAUAUUGCUGAGGCAGAAAGGUUAUCAUGGACAUCCAUAUUUGAGCCAUUACACAUGACUUUAGAGAGUCGAGAUGACUAGAGAUGGUGAUUUUAUGAGACGAUGGUGAGUGACUUAUGAUGAUAGAGUGAGGUGAUGGUCAAAGGGCUUUGAUGAUUAUCACAGAGCAUCAGUGGGAGCUUCCACACAAUUUCAGAGGAGUUGACAUGUCUAUGUUUGAUAGAUGCUAGUUUUUAGUAUUGAUCAUGUGAGAUUUUGAGAGUACGAUGUUCGAGGUAGUGGUAAAAGGAUGAGUGGCCAUCAUUUCAUGAGCCCAUUUACCCUAUCACCCUUACAUAUAGAGUUACCAGUUGCUAGCCCAUUGAGCCUCACAUGAGUACCAUAACCUUUUCUUUCAUCACCUCAUUUACCUAUUACACCGGGUUGGGGACCCUAUAGUGCUUGCAUGCUUUGAUUAGAUACUUCAUGAGUUUUAGACUUGAUGUACAUAUUCAUGCCUCAUCCUACACUCUUCAGUGUGAUAUUUUCCACUUUGACAUCAUCUCAUCACUUUUUUCGGCAUCACAUAUCACCACUUGCGAUAUUCGUUCUCUGUUUUUUCUUUCAUCAUUGCCUAUUCGACGCUAUCCUUGUUUCACCUUGAGUAAUGGUUUUUCACACAUCACUACAUGGAGGGCAGUCACAUCCUUCCUCUAGUUCACUUCAUGGGCAGUGGUUUAGAGAUCUCAGUUUAAGAGGUUGUCUUGUUAGUGGGGAUUAAUGUUACAUCCAUAUGUGGAGAUGGUUUGAUCAUUUGGGUAUGUAUUUUCAUGGGAGGUCAUUCAUUAUUAAUCAGAGUAUGCAUAAAAAAAAAAUGCAUUAUUCAUUAUACCGUUUUCCAUUGAGCACAUGAAGGGGAUGUGCUAGUUUGCUUCAUUGAGUUUAUGUGUUAGAGAGAGUUCGUAUGGGAGCUUCUUUCUAAGAUUCUAUCUUGGUAUAUGUUUUGGGUGAGAGUAUGAGUCUCACAUUCGAUUUUUGUGAUAGAGCCGAACGACUUUUCUUUAGGAUCUCUGGAUCCUUGCCUUAUUCAUCAUUACAUCCAUUUUCAUGUGACUAAUCUCCAUGCUUUGAUGCAGGUUGACCAUCACUCUCCUUUCUAUCCUUUUGCCUUCUUCUAUCUUUAUUUUAUUCCUCCAUUUCACUCUACCUCAUCUGAUUCAUUUCUUUUCUCAUCCUGUUUGAUGUUUGACAUGGGUUCGAUAUCCACACUUUAUUCUUGCUUAUUUGAUGUGUCCAUUCAUUUUUCAUCACUUUUUGUGUGGGGAUCCUUAGGUCCGUGACUUAUGAGGUAUUUUUACGCAUUGCAUUUCAUGCAUGAGGGGAAGUUUUUGAGGAGGGAGGACAUUAAGGAAAAAUGCAGGAGAGGAGCCCGGAAGGGAGUGGCAACAUAGGACUAUAUAAUAAUUCUACUAUGAAAGUUGAAGAAAAAAGAAUUCUGCUUUGGCUGCUGUUAUGUGCUCAUCUUUUUUCAGGACUGGCAAAUGAUGCUUUGUCCUAUGAUUACACAGCCAGUUUGGAGUGUUUGGAGAAGCCACACAAACCCCAGUAUGGAGGAGGAAUCAUUUUAAACCCUGAGUUAAACCAUGGCUUGAAAGGAUGGUCUGCUUUUGGAGGUGCAGAAAUGGAAAAUAGAGCAUCAGGAGGCAACACCUUCAUUGUGGCUCAUAGCAGAAAACAAAUGAAUGAUAGCAUUUCACAGAAACUUUACUUGCACAAGGACAAGCUUUACACAUUCUCUGCUUGGAUACAAGUGAGCAGCGGAAACACCCCAGUAACAGCUGUUUUCAGAACAAAUUCUGGUCCUCAAUAUGCUGGUGCUGUUUUUGCUGAAUCUGGAUGCUGGUCCAUGCUCAAGGGUGGCCUCACCGUCGAUUCUUCGGGCCCAGCUGAGCUCUAUUUCGAGAGCGAAGAUACAUCGGUUGAGAUCUGGGUGGAUAGCAUUUCACUGCAACCAUUCACUCAAGAACAAUGGACAUCUCAUCAAGAUCAAAGCAUUGAGAAGACGCGCAAGAGAAAGGUGAGACUCCAAGCAACUGACGCCCAUGGAAAUCCCAUAGCAGGCGCAAAAAUGGCUAUUAAACAAAACAAACUGAAUUUCCCAUUCGGUAGUGCUAUCAGUAAGUACAUCCUCAGCAACACUGCCUACCAGAAUUGGUUCACCUCAAGAUUUACAGUCACGGUAUUCGAAAAUGAACUCAAGUGGUACAGCACAGAAUGGUCCCGUGGCAAGGAGGACUAUUCAGUCCCGGAUGCCAUGCUUCGAUUUGCCAAGCAACACGGCCUUGCAGUCCGCGGCCACAAUAUUUUAUGGGACAAUGGAAAUAACCAACCCAGUUGGGUUCCUUCCCUUUCAAAUAGUGAACUCCAAGCGGCGGUUGACAAAAGGAUAAACUCAGUUGUGAGGCGCUACUCAGGCCAGUUCAUUGGGUGGGAUGUUGUUAAUGAAAAUUUGCAUUUUUCCUUCUUUGAAAGCAGACUGGGGGCCAAAGCUACCGGCGUUGCUUUCCAGAAGACUCGCCAACUUGAUGGAAGAACAACCUUGUUCAUGAAUGAAUAUGAUACGAUAGAGAAGAGUGGUAAGGGCUCAGCCUCUCCGGACAAGUACCUUCAGAAGCUGAGAGAGAUCCAAUCUUUUCUCCGUGGUGGUGGAAAUCUGGGUAUUGGUCUUGAGGGUCAUUUUCGGACUCCAAACAUUCCCUAUAUGAGAUCUGCAAUUGAUAAGCUUGCUGCUGCAAAAUUUCCCAUUUGGAUUACGGAACUGGAUGUCGACCCCAGCCAGCCAAUGCACUUAGAUCAGGUUCUCAGGGAGGCACAUGCUCACCCGGCCAUCCAUGGGAUAGUAAUGUGGGCAGCAUGGAAACCAGAGGGCUGUUUCCGGAUGUGUUUGACUGAUGGCAAUUUCAGGAACACGCCCACGGGAGAUGUUGUAGACAAGCUAUUGCAGCAGUGGACUCAUGCGGGAUUGGUGGGAACUACUGAUGCUGAUGGCUUUUUUGAAACUUCCCUUUUUCAUGGAGACUAUGAAGUAACAAUCACUCAUCCAACUGUGACGAAUCCCUCCUUGAUUCACAGCUUUAAGGUGGCAUCAUCAACGGAUAUUUCUCCAGAAUCAGCACUGCUUGUUAAAGUGUCUGCGUGAGUUUUCUUUGUGAGGGCUUUUGUCAAGGAAAUUUCAAUAAGAAAAUAAACAAAUUAAAGCAUU